AUGGAACUAGACACAGACGUCCUCAUCCUCGGUGCAGGCAUGUCCGGCCUCAACUUCGCCAUCCGCCUGCAACAAACCUACCCUUCAGCCUCCUACACCAUAAUAGAAUCCACUGCCGACCUGGGCGGAACUUGGUCUGUAAACACAUACCCUGGAUGUGGCUGCGACGUCGCUUCCCAUUUCUACUCAUACUCCUUUACACUGAAGCCGGACUGGAGUCAGAAAUUUGCGCUGCAGCGGGAAAUAUUGGAUUAUUUCCGGGAUGUUGCGAGUAAGUUUGAUGUUGUGAGGCAUAUAGAGUUUGAGUGUAGUGUUGAGAGGGCUGUUUGGGAUGAGACAUAUGGGGUGUGGGUUUCUGAUGUGCUGGAUAAACGGACUGGAGUCACGAAAAAGGUUAGGAGUAAGGUUGUCGUUUCGGCGGUGGGCGCAUUGUCGAUACCCAGAGAAUGUGAGAUUGAGGGUGCAGACACUUUCAAGGGUGCUUUGUUUCAUUCAGCGAGAUGGGACCAUGAGUUCGAUUGGGGUGAUAAGGAGGUCGUUGUCAUCGGCAACGGCUGCAGCGCAACACAAUUCGUCCCCAUCCUCAGCAACGGAAGCACAAACCAAAACUACUUCAAACCACGCGCCCCAGUCAAAAGAGUAACCCAAUUCGCGCGUCAACCGCACUGGCUCGCCGAACGACCCAAUCCCAUCUAUUCCAGCUUCUUCAAAUGGAGCAUGCGGUACAUCCCUCUCGCAAUGCGCAUGUACCGUUUCUGGCUAUACGCAGACAUGGAGAAAGAUUUUUUCGGCUUUGAUCUGCUGAAAGGUGUAAAAAUUCGCCGGGAUCUGACGAAUGAGCGAUUGGAGUAUAUGAAGCGCGCCGCACCGACAAAGUAUCAUGCUGCAUUGACUCCGAACACGGAGAUUGGAUGUAAACGCAAGGUCAAUGAUACGGAUUACUUCUCGUGUUUACACAAUGAGAAUAUGGAGUUGGUAUGGGAUGAUCCUGUUGUUACGGUGACGGAGACGGGUGUGCGUACCAAGUCCGGCAGGGAGGUUCGUGCGGACGCGAUUAUAUUGGCGAAUGGGUUUCAGACACAGAAGGUGCUGCAUCCGUUGGAUACGGAAAUUAGAGGUGAAGGGGGUGUUAGCUUGGAUGAACACUGGCAACAAGUCUCUAACGGCCAUCCACAAGCUUACUACGGAACUUGCAUAUCACAAUUCCCCAACUUCUUCGUCAUGAUGGGCCCCAACACCACCACGGGGCAUCUAUCGGUUAUAUACUCGACAGAAUGCCAAGUAAACUUCAGUCUCCGCGUGCUCAAGCCCAUUCUCCAGAAGCCUUCUUUACUCUCGCUAUCACCAAAMCCCGCCAGUGUCGCUGUAACACUCGCAGCGGAGCAGAAUGAUAAUACCUGGAUUCAACGCCUGUCCAAGAAUCUGGUCUGGUCCUCGGGGUGUACAAGCUGGUACAUUGAUACCAAGACUGGACGAAACACCAUGCUCUAUCCUGAUUGGCAAUUCAAUUUCUGGCUGAGAAGUAUCUUUGUGCCUGUUAAGCAUGAUUUUGUGUAUAAGCAGAGCGCAAAAGAAGUUGCGCCUUCGCCAUCUACCCGGAAGAACAAAAGGCGGAGUAAGCUGUUGUGGAACAGUGCGGUAUUAGCUUCCCUUGUUGGGGCUGUGGGUUUGGGCGCUGGUAUUGUGAGGGGGGAUAUCAAGGUCGAUGAGAUUGAUGAGCUGGUAAAAAGGGUAUCGAGCGAGUUUAGGGGGGCGAGUGGGGAGGUUCAUAACUUUUUGACUUUCAAGGUAUAG